CCUCCUCCUCCUCCUCCUCUUCUUCUUCAUCCACUGUGCCUUGCGAUGAUAAUAGCAGCUCCUGACCUGCCAUCGCAACUUGUUCUUGGCCUUCCUCUCUGUUCUUGUGCAAGGCAGAAAUCAAUUUCUCGAUUCCGUCGUGAAUUGGCCUAGCAUGGAUAAGACGUGAAGAAAGAGUAUUUUUACUUUUUUUUCUCUCCUCCCCUCUCACUUCGUCGUUCGUUCGAACAUUAUCUAUACGUGACUCCCUCCCACAACCUCAUUUCGUCUCGCGUGUACCAGAGGUCUUCUUGCCCCCUCACUCGUUGGCGUUUGCAUCUCUACAGGAGACGAGGCCAAGAUGCGAGACCAAGAUAAUGGCAAGCCGGGCGGUCCGGUCUCCCAGCUGGAGGCCAAAGCACCCCUCCCGCUUCCCAAACCCUCGCUCGAGGGGAAGGAAGCCGUCUCCAAGACCGAGUCGAAGUGGAACACCAAGAACCUCCUCCUGCGCCUGGCAGCAGAUGUCGCGAGCGCAUCGGCGGCGGCAUCGCUGGUCGCGCCUCUGAUCUCCAUCAUCGACCGCUCGAUCAUGGAAAAUGCAUCUGGCCGUACCCCUCUGUUCACCUCGGUCCGCAACUCCCUCGGCUCCCUCAUCCUGCGUCCCCACACGAUGCUCUUCUCGAAGCCCGUGGCACUCAUUUUUGCCGUCUACGGCGGCACGUACCUUACCGCCAACACCCUUGACACCACCACCUCGACUGUGACGAACAGACCCGCGGCCCACGUCACCUCGGGCACGGCCAAGUUCGCCGCCUCAUCUACGGCCAACAUUGUCAUGGGCGUCUACAAGGACCAGGUCUACGCGCGCAUGUUCGGCCCCGUCGGCCAGGCCGUGCGCAGGGUCCCCGCCGCAAGCUACGCCCUGUUCACCGCCCGCGACUGCAUUACCAUCUUCGCCAGCUUCAACGUUCCCGUCCUCCUCGGCCCAGCCGUCGGCGCCUACAUGGGCGAUGAGCUCCGCAAAAGGGUCAGCGGCCAGACUGUCGUCCAGUUCGCGGCCCCGGCCCUCGUCCAAGUCCUCUCGACCCCCGUCCACCUCCUCGGCCUCGACCUGUACAACCGGCCCAGGUGCGAAAGAACGGGCCUUCCAGCCUGGGGCGAGCGAUGGGCCCAAGUCAGGAAGAACUGGUCCGUCUCUGUCCUGGCAAGGUUGUGCAGGAUUAUCCCUGCGUAUGGUGUGGGCGGCGUGGUGAACGCAAAGGUGCGGCGGAGCCUGAUGGAGAGCCUGAUGACGUAG